GCGCUUGUUCCCACUUAUGUGGACUGCGCCCCGGUGUAUUUGGAUGCAAACUCAGCCCACAUACUGACAGCUCGUUGCUCGAAAUGUCACGUCUCUUUGGAGGAAAAGCCUAUUUGAAUACAAUGGACCUCCGGACGGCUGGAUGAGCGGCACGAACAAGGACUGCUUGGAGCGUUUUAGUUUGUAGCCAAAUUUGGUUACUGACCUGGAUGGUCCCUCUUUACUCGGAUGCAACCACACGCCCAUGCGACGAUGUCGGUGGAUGUUGCUGCCCUCAGUGUCCAGGUUAGGUUACAGUAAACGCUAAUUGUUUACGUAUUAAAAUAAAGCAGUUUGGGGUGGAAGACGCAAGCUGGGACUGGAUACAAAAUUGUGCGCACAUAAUAGGCCUAAAUAAGCGUUUCUAUUAUUAUAGUUAUUAUUGGGCUAUUAUUAUUAUUAUUAAGAUGGGGGGUUGGUUCUAUUUAUAAGGGAAACAUGGAACAUUCAUCGCCUUAUUUCAUCUCGUCCACUCUGAUGAGAGAUACUGUAAUGCUGCAAUGCCUCCAUGCAAACCUUCAUUGACAAUACUUUCCACCUUGUUGCCGCCGUGUGAUGGUCCCUAAAGAAGUCGUGGACAUUUAAAGCCUUCGCUACACGAUUAUUGAUUGAUGAUCUGAAACUACCACGCGUGCUCUUGAGGCAGGAUAAUGAUAUAUGCUGGCAUAUCUUCCCUGUCUCCAGUCCAGAAGAGUUUCUUUUCUCACCGAGGACUCGUCUCCAUCACAAAUGUAGCCCAGCAGAGGCGACUGAAGCAGGCCGCUUCACAGAGACGGAGGCGGGUUUGUUGUGCUGGAUGCUGAACAUGGUCUGUAUUAAAUACCUGCCACCGGCUUGUUUCUGUAAUUCCCCAGCUUGAAAUGGACGGGCCUUUUUUGAUAAAAGCUAUUGGUGGACGUUGAACCGGCUCAUGCAUGCAGGAUUUAGUCUGAACCGGCUUGUGGAUGUAGGGCGAAUAUCCGCGGAUAUUACCGUAUAGACGAAAAAACAGCCCGUGUUCAUGGAGAUGGCUGGCGGGGGAGGUGCAUCUACACUGGGCUGGAUGAGAAAUAAUGAGGACCCCUGCUCAGAGGAUUUCACUCAGCUCAAACACAGACUGCUGUUUUUAUUGGCAGCCUAAAUACUCCAUAUUCAAUACUAAGAUUAAUCAGGUGUGGUUUUAUUAUCACCUCUCAGUGUCUCGAGCCCUCACAGUCAAGACACUAUAGUUCUCAAUGGGCUGAUAUUGACUUCAGAGGAGUUAUGUGUUUAUUAGGGCAAACGAUUCAAGACUAUAUAUCAUGAGCCCAGAUGUUGUUUUGUUAAGUUUAGAUGAAAACAGCAAUGUAGGACAUUGUUAUUAAGUAUGUAACUGUUUUAUUAAUUGUAGGCAACAAUUGAGGAACCAGAAUUCACUCACUGAUCAGGAGCUCAUCCGACUGAAGGCAUCUUUCCAAAGGAUUUCAUCAGACCUGCUGUUUCUUAAAUAAACACAUAUUCACGUCUCCUGUCAGAGUCUGUGGCAGCUUUCCAAAAUACACAAUAGUGGAAACAAUCAAUUAGGUUUCGGAGGGGGUUACACUCAUGGAUGUGCUCUGCUGGGUGUCAUUGAUGUACAUUGUCCCUGAAUGAACUUGCCUUUGGGAAUACAUGUUACUUACACACUGCGUAGCAACAGCACAGCAGCAAGUAGUUACAGGAUUUGGCACAGUUUCAACAGCGAGAUGUGGUGAUGGGGGAGAGCAGUUGCAGCUCUUUGAUCCUUUGAUCCCCUCCCCCCCAACUGGUGGUCCAGGACACCCCUUCUCUGUCAAUGGGCUCUGUAUGGAUUUUGUGCCUAAGUUGACAGAGGGGAGGCCUAAAGCGUGAAACAGCAGUCAGGCUGCCAUGAACCCAUACGGCAGAGCGAGCAGCACAGCAGCCCCCCUGUCCUGCACCAGCUGUGGGGGCUGCUGUGCCCCGCCUCCCCCUUGCUUAACCGAGCCCCCCUCAUCUACUACCUCCUCCUCCUCCAUGCCCCCGAAUAUGACCCCUCCGCCGCCAAUGUAUCCGGCCCCAGUAGUGCAGGUUGAGAAUGGCAGCAGCUGGAACUCCUCCACCAUCUCCUCCUCCCCAGACUCCCACCCUGGUCACCGCUGUGCUGGCAACAAUCCCUACUGGACGGCAGUGUUCGACUACGAGGCCACAGCAGAUGAGGAGUUAACCCUGCGGCGCGGGGACCUCCUUGAGGUCCUCUCCAAAGACUCCAAAGUGUCUGGGGAUGAAGGUUGGUGGACAGGCAAGAUCCAGGACAAGGUGGGUAUCUUUCCAUGCAACUACGUCACGAGGGGGGGCGCCGCCAACUACCAGCAGCUGACUGCAGGCGGGGUGGGUGACUGCCCCUUGGAGAUAGACUUCUCAGAACUGCACCUGGAGGAGGUGAUUGGAGCUGGUGGGUUUGGGAAGGUGUACAAAGGAUUAUGGCUCAUAGAAGAAGUAGCAGUAAAAGCCGCCAGGCAAGACCCCGAUGAGGAUAUUAGUGCCACAGCAGAGAGUGUGCGGCAGGAGGCCAGGCUGUUCUGGAUGCUCCGGCACCCCAACAUAAUCGCACUCCGUGGGGUUUGCCUGCGGGAGCCCAACCUCUGCCUGGUGAUGGAGUACGCCAGAGGGGGGGCUUUGAACCGAGCGCUUGCUGGGAAGAAGGUUGCCCCGAGGGUUUUGGUGAACUGGGCGGUCCAGAUUGCCACAGGGAUGGACUACCUGCACAACCAGGCAUUCGUACCAAUCAUCCACAGAGACCUCAAGUCCAGCAACAUCCUCAUCCUGGAGCCCGCUGAGCGGGACGACAUGGGCGGCAGGACCCUGAAGAUCACAGACUUCGGUCUGGCCAGAGAGUGGCAUCAGACCACCAAGAUGAGUGCAGCGGGGACUUACGCCUGGAUGGCCCCAGAGGUCAUCAAGCUCUCCCUCUUCUCCAAGAGCAGUGACGUGUGGAGUUUCGGUGUGUUACUGUGGGAGCUGCUGACCGGCGAGGUUCCCUACCGGGAGAUAGACGCACUGGCGGUCGCUUACGGCGUCGCCAUGAACAAGCUAACACUUCCCGUCCCCUCGACGUGCCCUGAACCUUUCGCUCAGCUGCUGGCAGAGUGCUGGAGCCCAAACCCCCGCAGCCGGCCGUCCUUCAGCAACAUCCUGAGUCGCCUGCUGGCCAUCGAGCAGUCGGCCAUGUUUCAGAUGCCUCUGGAGUCCUUUCACUCAUUACAAGAAGAUUGGAGGCUGGAGAUCCAGCAGAUGUUUGAUGAGCUCAGGGCCAAAGAGAAGGAGCUGAGGUCCUGGGAGGAAGCGUUGGCUCGAGCAGCCGAGGAACAGAGGGAGCAGGAGGAGCAGCUGAGGAGAAGAGAGCAGGAGCUGGCGGAGAGGGAGAUCGACAUCGUGGAGCGAGAGCUGAACAUCAUCAUCCACCAGAUGUACCAGGAGAAACCCAGCGUGAAGAAAAGAAAAGGGCACUUCAAGAAGAGCAGACUACUGAAGCUGGGCCGAGACAGCAACUGCAUCAGCCUGCCCUCUGGCUUUGAGCAUAAGAUCACAGUUCAGGCGUCUCCCAGUGUGGACAAGAGGAAGACUCAGAGAAGUGAGAGCACCACCCCGCCGGCCAGCCCGGGGGUCAUACCCCGACUGAGAGCCAUAAGACUGACGCCGAGUGACGGCAGUAAGACGUGGGGCCGCAGUGCUGUGUGUAAGAAGGAGGACCUGUCGACCAGCAAGAAGAAAGGACGCACCUGGGGGCCGAGCUCCACCCUCCAGAAAGAGAGGGUCGGCGGGGAGGAGAAACUGAAGUCUCUCGGUGAGGGAUGCAAAGUUUGGUCGUCCAGUGCACCAAAUCUGGGAAAAUCCCCCAAACAUGCACCCAUGACCGCCGGCUUCUCCAGCCUCAACGAAAUGGAGGAGUGCUGUGAGUUUGAGGAGUCCCCAGGGUCCCUGCUGCCCUCAGAGAACAGCAGUAACGGGGCUGUGGAGGACUCGGGCUCUCUGUGGGGCGGCCUGGGGCCGAACACUGUCGGUAAUACGAGCUCCUGUCAGGGGCCCGGCGGCCUGGGGUCGGGGGUGAGCUACCAGGACUCGAUGCGUCGCUGCAGCCAGAGGAAGAAGAGCGAUAUGUUGCUGCUGGGUUGUGCCUCUCUGCUCGCGUCCGUCGGCCUGGGACAAGACCUGCUGCAGCUGGGAAAACUACAGGUGCUCCAGGAUGAGCAGGACCUCAGGGAGGAGCAGCGUAAGAAGAAGGAGGGUCUCUUCCAGCGGACGGGACGUUUCCGUCGCAGCACCUCUCCGCCCAGCAGAAACCUCUCCCUCUCCCUCUCCAGACAUCACGACUCUACGCUCCCCUGCAUGGACCCUUCUCCCUCUGUUACACUCCUGUCUUUGUCCUCUCUGUCUGACUGCAACUCCACCAAGUCCCUUCUCCCCUCGGACCCAGACGAAUACCCCCUGACCCCGAUGACGGGGGUCAAAACCCCGGUGGCACCACCAGCUCCUGCCCUCAACCCGCUCUUGGACCUGCGGGCGGAGAGCUUCAAGAAGGAGCCCAACCAGUCGCUCACGCCCACCCACGUGUCUGCAGCCAUGGCCUUGAACAGAGGACACAGACGGACCCCUUCGGACGGGGCGAUUAGACCCCGAGCUCAAACUCUGGGACACCACAGGACACCGUCAGAUGGAAGCAUGCCCAUGCCUCCUCCACCGGGGGCACCACACCGCACUGCUAACAAAGCUACACUGGACAUCCUCGACAUCCCCCGCCUUCCUGAACCCUCCACCAUCUUCCCGGUCCCCCAUCGGCGUAAAGCCCCCGCUCCACCCAUCCCUGACCCGGUUCCUCCCUGCCUCAUCAGUCCCCUGGAGAGACCCAAGACGCUGGAGUUCGCCCCCCGGCCGCGGCCCACCCCGACCAGGAUAAGAGCCGACCCCUGGAAGCUGGGCUCUCUCUCCCGGACCCUCAGCUCGUCGCCCAGCAGCAGCUGCGACAGCCCCUUAGGCUCGGGGGACAGCAGCACCAGCACCGGCACCACAAAACCCAGCCUGAUGGACAUGGACGUGGAGGGCCAGAGUGCGGACCAAACUGUCCCUAUGUGUGGAAAGCGGAAGCCUGCGACUUUGUGUGGACAGCAGUACUUAUAGUGAAAAAAGUCGGACCUGAUCCAGGGCGUUAGAGCUACUGAUGUCGGAGCCGAGCAAAGGGCACUCACGGACGUUUGCGGAAAAACACUCCACCUCUUGUCAUGUUUUAGGCACUUACUGGAAGCCAUUCCUCUCUGUGUCCUUUGAGUGUCCUAAUAAAGUGUGAACCCCUGACAGCAAGUCUUUCCCUGGUAGUGCUCUCUAAGCUGCACAACACUGAGGGUCCUGGAGGCCUUCUAAAAGCCUUGUAGUGUGCUCACCCACCAACCUUACCCAUCACUUCUUCCCCUCUUUGGAAACCAUCUCUACCUGUUUCUUAGUGCACCAUGACCAGGACACACUCGCAACCUUCAAAAGCCAUUCAAGUACUUAAAAUGUUUUUUCUGACUUUCAUUCCGACUCAUCUGCCUGUGCUCCGUGUAGCUGCCCAUUUUCUGCUUGCAUCUGUCACUCCAAAGAAAGAUUCCACAUUAACAUUUCACCUAAACAUUCAUCGUAAACAAAACAGGAGCUGGACUGUUUAAAAUUCUUAAUAGAGAGUGUCUUUGUUCUUAUUUUGCACGCUGUUUGUUCUGCCGCUGCACAAACAUCCCCCUGCCUUCAUCCUCACGUGUCAUCUCUCUGCAUGGAGGUCAUCGUCCUCUCCCCUCCAAGACCAGGACAGGAAAAAGCCUUUUAUCUCACAGCACUGGUGGACUGGCUGUAUCCUCAGCCUUGUACAGUAAAAAAACAAAACAAAAACAGAGUUUAUUUUCUCAGUGCUUGCACCAUCCUAACCUGUUAGCAACAAUGUUUUCUAUUGGUUUGGCAGCCCAGGUGUGUUUCUCUUUGUGUGAAUGUGUAUAUAUUACUGUACAUGUGUGGAAGAACAAAAUGGUUUUUUUGUGUGCUGGUCCUUUUUCAGUGCAUGUUGUUUUACGUGUGAAUGGUUUCGCUGUACUGUGGCAUUUCUCUAAAAUAUGUAAGAUCUCAUCUGUUUUGUCUUCUACAUGUUUGACAUUCCUUGCUAGCAGUCAGUAGCACUCUGUUUGGAUCCCGCUCAUGCCACUGAACUGGGAACAAAACAAGGCAACAAUGAGGGGAAAUGCUACCUGAUUUCAACGUCGAUCACAUGUCGGACCAUUUGGAAGCUUCAUAUUCUCGUCUGAACGGUUGUAUUCAACAUCAGUGGCACUUUAGGAGCAAUGUUGUGCAGUUGGUCAGCCUCUGUGGACAAGUGGACUCUACUCACGGCUGACAAAUCAACUUUUAUCUGCGGAGUUGUUUUCGCACGGUGGUCGAAAAGUUUGUCUUGGCUGCAGGUGGUAUUUUACUUGACAGUGCACAUUUCUCUAAGUAAGUGUGACUAUGCGUGUGUGUGUGUGUGUGUGUAUGUGUUAUUAUUUGUAUGGGAUGAUGACAAUCCUGUCGGUACAAGAGUGAGCCCAAACUCAUUCUCCUUGUGUGGUUAAGAACACUGAGUAUUUAUUAAAUUUAUUGUUAUUAUUGGAAAGGAUUAAUUGUUAUUACGAUUCUCUUCCUGGGAUAUCUGUAUAUAUUUGUUAAUAUAACAGGAAAAACCAAGGAAAAAACCUAGGACACUGCUUACUGAAACGUCCAUGUUGUCUCCAGUCUCAACCUGUGACAUUUCUGGGUUCAAUGAGGAAUAAGUGUGAAACGUGGUGAAUGAGAGACGAAUAAAAAAAUGAAAGAAAGAUGCUUCAGUGUCAGCGCUACAUGUAUGUUUUUAUUCUAUCUAUUAUAUCCAUGAAGUAUAAUAGAUCAUAUAAUAUCUGAUCUUUGAUAGGAGAAGUACUCAGAUCCUUUACUUCAGUAAAAGUAGCAAUACAACAAUGUUAAACUCCUCCAAUACAAGCAACAGUCCUGCCUUCAAAAGUACACAAUCAUUAUCUGUUAAAUGUACUUAAAGUAUCAAAAGUAAAAAUACUCGUUCUGUAGUAGAAUUGCACCUGCGAAUGAUUUACUAUAUUACAUUAUUGGUUUGUUAAUAUUGAUGCUCAAUGUUUAAGUACUUCUGUAACUGCUGGAGUUGUAGCUAGUUUUAACUACUCAGUCCAAAGGUUCCCGAUGUAAGGGUCGGCCCCCUUCAAAGACUCACAACACAAAUUUGAAAAGGUAAUGAGAUGAUUAAUUGGAGUUCUGCUUUUAUAAAACUGUUCCCUAAUAUAAAUUAAUGUCAAUGUUUCCUUCUUUGAGCCUCAAAUGUAUUGAAAUUCAUCUGUCUAAGAAAUUUAGAUGAGAAAUCUGCCAACAACUCACACAUCUGAACUUGACAGGUGACCCCAACUGCUUUACUGUAAUAGUCACAAAUGAAAAACUUGGGAAUGACUGUUUAAAUAUUAAACAAUGUGUAUGUAAUAAAAGUGCAAAA